AUGGGGGAACGAGGAAACAACAGUAAAGAAAGCAAAAACACGGAGAUGAAGGACAAAGUUCAAAUCGCAACUCAGAAUCUUGGGGAUCCUCUGACUCUUCAGUCCUCGGACCAUCCAGGUAUGGUUUUAGUAUCUGCUCCUCUGGUAGGGACAAACUUUAGAUCCUGGCAUAGAGCCAUUAGGAUAGCCCUAGGAGCUAAACAGAAACUCGAAUUUAUAGAGGGUACCGUUACAGUGCCUGAUAAAGAAUCUGAUUCGUAUGAACAAUGGAAGCGGUGUGACUUUAUGGUCACAUCCUGGAUUUUGAACUCUAUAUCCAGAGAGUUGGUAGAUGGUUUCAUUUACACAGCCUCAGCCAGAGAUCUCUGGCUUGAAAUCACAGAAAGAUUUGGUGAAUGUAAUGGCACCAUGAUCUAUGAGCUGAGAAGGAAAAUAUCCUUGAUAUCUCAAGACAAUGCCUCUGCAUCUGUCUAUUUCACAAAAUUAAAGGGGCUUUGGGAUGAAUUGGGGUCAAUGGAAACUCUCCCACCAUGCACAUGUGGUGCAUCAAAGGCAAUAGAUGAGCUGAAUAAUAGAAAUAGGUUAAUGCAAUUCCUUAUGGGAUUGAAUGAUGCCUACGGGACAGUUAGAGAUCAGAUCCUAGGCAUGGAUCCUUUGCCCUCUGUGAAUAAAGCCUAUUCUAUGGUACUCAAAUUUGAGUCUCAGAAGGACAUUCUGGGAAGUAUAAAUGGGAACACUGAACCUUUAGUCCUGAUGAAUAGGACGCAGAAACAAUAUCAAGGAAGGCAGAAAAGGCCUGACCAGAAAAAGGGACACUGUUCCUACUGUGACAUGGAUGGACAUGUCAGAGAGGGUUGUUUCAAGCUAAUAGGAUACCCUGAAUGGUUUAAGACAAAAACCAAAAAUAAUGGACAAUUCUCCAAAACAACCAGAACCAUAGGCCAUGACAAGAGAGUUGUGGCAGCUGUUGAAGCCCCCCAAACAGAAAGGACACCCCAUUGA